AUGAAUCUAGGGAUGCCUGUCGAUGACCGCCCAUCGACAUCACGAAAGGAGACCAUUUCAGCGGGCAACCAAAAAGUCCUCGACUAUAUUGAAACAACCUUCAAUGGCAUCUUACAUGAGAUCAAAGUCCGUCCGUGCGGCAGACCCGUUAUCGUGAUCAGACGAAUUAUCACCAUGAAACCCUACUACGAUCCUACGGAUUUCAUGCGGCUGAAGUGGCAUACUGAAGACCGUGAAGUUAAAUACUAUUUCCCGGGAAAGAAUGCAGAUGAAUCAUGGCGGUUUGCAUGUUUGGGCCGGAUAUUGGGAGAGAUACACACCGCAAUCAGGACCGGCAUCACGGUCACCAAGAGGGACAUAUAUUAUCGCGACCCGUCCCUUUUUAGGCGACAAAAAAUUGUGGAUCGAUACAUUGACGAUAUUGCCUAUACCUGUCAGGUAACAAGGGGAGACAUGAAUGUCACCGCUAGCCCCAAAGGCUUGAUGGCAGGCCUUCCCGCCCCAUCUGAAGCAGGUCGGCCAUCAAUGAUCCAAGCCGCGUGUGAAAACGCAUCGAUCACGGGAAUUCAACAUCUCCAAUGGAUCCUCGUCGUUGAGAAGGAGGCAACGUUCAACGCUCUUGUAGAGGGACGCUUCCAUCAACAUACGACCAUUGGCCCUGGGGGAGUCCUCACCGCCAAGGGCUAUCCAGAUCUUGCGACCCGAAAAAUUUUGCGUCUCCUGCUCAACCAUGCUCGACCCUCGACGCAAGUAUUCGGCCUAUUCGACUGGGACCCCGAUGGAAUUCGGAUGCUGAAGUGCUAUCUCUACGGUUCCAAGAACUUAGCACAAGAACAUAACUGUAACACGCCGGAACUGAAAUGGUUGGGCCUCAAAGUGGAAGAUGUGGUGUCAUUUGGGCAUCCCGAUGAGCCAUCCAUGCUCCUGACGACGAGAGAUAGGAUAACGGCAAUUUCAAUGCUUGCUAGUGAGGAGUGGCGAGAUGGGUCGGGCGCGGUGCUGCCGGAUUUGCGAGAGACUAUGGCCGAGCUCCAGCGCAUGCUCAUGUUGAAUCGAAAAGCAGAGAUUCAGAUUUUGGAUGAGAGAAAAGGCGGUCUUCAGGAUUGGUUGGUAAGGAAGCUGGGAGAUGGCUCGAAAGACAUCACGGUGGUAUCCUGA